CAACAAAGACGUUAGUUGUAGAGUUGAAUGAUAUUUGUUGUGUUAUUGUUACGUCACAUAGCUGCCUGAGGGUGACAAACGUUGUGACAAAUGGCCGGGACAUCAGAUGGAGAAUUCGUGACGCUGACGCCCGAAGAGUUUGAAAGGUUGCAGAAAUAUGCAGAAUAUUCGUCAAAAAAGCUCGCUGACGUCAUGGCGGAAUUCAACGACGGUGGAAUAUUGUCGAAAUACAAUAAAGAGAAGCUCACUCAGGGCGACAUUGAACGAAUACCUAUUGAUUAUUCGGGUUUCAAGCUGUUCAUGGAAACCUACCUGGACACUGAUCUGUCGGAAGAUUUCUGCGCACACAUGUUCAGGUCGUUCCAGAAAUCUUCAAACCAACCAAGAACAACCAGCGUUGGGCAGCAUACAGCAAUCGACUUGAGCAUUCCUACAGCGCUUGCCUGCGUAUCAGUUGCAGGAUCCUGUAGCGAUAAUAUUAUAAAAAGCAUGGGUGGGAACGCUCAGACACACGACGGUAAAGAAGUCAGCGAGGAAGACGUCGCCGUUACCGUUCUAAACCCCGAAGAUCGAGCAAAUCAAAGAGAAAACAAUCGCCUGGUGGCGCCAAAGCAGGAAAAUCAGAAGAGUGAUCGGGGUUCAAAGUUGAUCCCGGAUGCUUUCAAAGCAAUCACAUCUGGUAUAACUGGCAACGUGGACAAACCAAAGCAAGCUAUCAUGCCUGAGGAGCAUGAGACGGUUCAUUUGAAGGACAUUGCGUGUUAUUUAUCUUUGUUGGAAGGUGGAAGACCCGAGGAUAAGUUACAAUUUGUGUUCAAGUUGUACGAUACAGAUGGGAACGGAAAUCUUGACAGUAGCGAAAUGGAGAGGAUAGUCAACCAGAUGAUGCAUGUGGCGGAAUAUUUGGGGUGGGAUGUCACCGAGCUGAGACCCAUCUUGGAAGAAAUGCUGCAAGAGAUCGACUAUGACGGGGACGGCGUGGUGACGUUAAACGAGUGGAUUCAUGGCGGUUUAACAACGAUCCCGCUGCUAGUGCUGCUGGGACUCGAAACCAAUAUAAAGGACGACGGCAGCCACGCAUGGAGACUUAAACACUUCAGUUUACCAGCGUAUUGCAACUUCUGUUUAACAAUGUUGGUGGGAGUUGGAAAGCAAGGACUGUGUUGUACAUUUUGCAAAUACACAGCCCAUGAGAGAUGCGUCAAUAAAGUUCCCGCCAAUUGUAUUCAAACUUACGUGAAGUCAGCCAAAGAAGCUUCGAAACUCAGCCAUGUAUGGGUUGAAGGCAACAAUGCGGGGCCUUGCGAUAAAUGUAAGAAACCAAUCAAAUGUUACCAAGGGUUGACGGGAUUACAUUGUAGAUGGUGCCAAGCUACUUACCACAACAAGUGUGCCUCUCAUACGUCAGCAGAAUGUAACAUGGGAAAAAUGAGAGCUCACAUAUUACCUCCAAACUGUAUAUGUCCCGGUUUGCUGCAAGAGAAAGAAAGCAGAUCAAGAGAAAACAGCUCAACCGACACGACUCAACACUCAACAAACGACAAAACAAAACAUAUGAAACGAAUGAACUCGAUGACGUGGGACGGACAAGGUUUACAAAUCUCUCCGCUACCUGGAACUCACCCUCUGUUGGUAUUCAUCAACCCAAAGAGUGGGGGGAAGCAGGGUGUUCGAUUGCUACGUAAGAUGCAGGGAUUGUUGAACCCACGACAGGUGUAUGACUUGUGUAGUGGGGGGCCGAUGCCGGGCCUUAAUUUCUUCCACGAUGUUGAAGAUUUCAGAGUUCUAUGUUGUGGAGGUGAUGGGACGGUGGGCUGGGUGCUGGAUUGCAUUGAUAAAAGUCAGAUCUUACACCGCCCUCCCGUGGCCAUUCUUCCGCUGGGAACCGGGAAUGAUCUCGCUCGAUGUCUUCGGUGGGGUGGAGGUUACGAAGGCACUAGCGUGAUGAAGGUUCUGCAGCAAGUUGAGAACAGUCAGUCUGUGUUGAUGGACAGGUGGAACCUCAACGUUAAGUGCGAAGUGGAAACAUCGGAAAUUGGCGACCCCGUCCCACUUUCUAUCAUGAAUAAUUACUUCUCCAUUGGCGUGGACGCCUCAAUAUGUCGGAAGUUUCACGUCAUGCGAGAGAAACACCCGGAGAAAUUUAACAGCAGAAUGAAAAAUAAGCUGUGGUAUUCGGCGUUCGGGACAACUGAAACAUUCGCAGCGUCUUGCAAGAAACUGCAUGACAACCUUGAAGUCUUGGUUGACGGAGUGAAAUUAGAAUCUUUAUCGCGGAACAGAUUCCAGGGAAUCGCAAUCUUAAACAUUCCAAGCGUUUACGGAGGAACCAAUUUAUGGGGAACUUCAAAGAAGAUGAAGAAGAGAGACGGAAACAAACCAGUUGAUCUUAGAUAUGCAGUGCAAGAAAUGGGCGACAAACUACUUGAAGUGGUUGGUUUGGAGGGAGCUAUGGAGGUUGGGCAGAUUAUGGCCGGGCUUCGAGCUGGAAAGAGACUCGCUCAAGGAAGUGACAUCAUAAUCAACACGAACCGAUUGUUUCCAAUGCAAGUAGAUGGGGAACCAUGGAUGCAAAUACCCUGCACUAUUCACAUCACGCACAAGAAUCAGGUCCCUAUGCUUAUGGCGCACCCUGGUGGUCAAAGUUCCUUCUUUUCAUGUUUCCGACGAUCACCACACGAGGGUAUAGAAGAGCCAUAACUUUUCGCUCGCACUUAUUUGCCAAGCCAAGAUUACAGAACAAAAAGAAAUUUCUUUUAACUUAUUUCUUCAUGUUUAUCUAUAUUUUUCAUUGUAUUGUUUACGUGUUAAUGAAAAUCAACGAUCUACAA